UCCUCUUUAACAGAUGGAUAGCGAUUAAUCCCAACUUAACAGUUUUAUAGCCAUAAAAGUUGGCUCUAGCGUAACUACCUAUUUUUUGAAGAAGUGACUCUGGAUCCUUCUAAAGACACAAUUUUGGGGUAAAAACCUUUCCUUUAAUGAAAUGAAGGUUAGAACUAGGCUUUUAAAUGGUGCCAAUAUUGGUGGGAAGUGGGGAUGCAUAUGUUUGAAAAUGCUUGUCGCGGGAGGUGCGAUUUAUUUGAUGUCGAGUGUAGUUUCGAUUGCAGUGCCUAUAACGAGAAACAAAAGUUGAAGGCAUUGAUAAACAUUUCACAAUCGUAUUUCAACCUUGAGAUUUAAACUGUUGCAUAGUUUUAUUCAUAAAAUCUGCUAUAAUGGUAGAUUUAAGUGUCACAAUUUAUAGUCAAGUGCAUGUCGUCGUGGGUGAUUUAGUAAUGUUGAUGGACUGGGUAUAAUGAUUAAUUCGAUUACGAAAGGCAACCCCAGGUCGGUUGGGUAUGUAUGCACUCGAUAUGGUCAGUUGUACGCAGAGAACCUGCUAAGGUCGGUCGUUACGCGAUCAUAGAUUAAAAAUAAUCGUUACGGAUUUACAAAUUCAAACUCCAUGGUGAAAAUAGGCGAAGGAAUUAGUGAUUAUGCGGCUUAAUUAAUUAGAAAAAAACAUUAAAAACUAGUUAUUUCGUAACAGUUCCACGAAAAAUUUCGAAGUGAUUUAAAUACAAUUUGACAAUAAUGGAACUGAUAAAAGUGUGUUACAUCUGGACUCUAUUAACGAUAGUAGUGUUCCAGUGCUUGAGUGAGGGUUCUGGACAGCAGACCAGCUUCGAGUUGCCUGUGCAACUUGUAGGAUUCCCUUUCAUCAUCAUCGCAGUACGAUUGACUAAUUUCGUCAAGAAGCUGUCUUAUGCAUUGAAUCCAGCCACAUACCGCUCCCGCAACCGGCGCGAGCUGACGUUUGUCGACGAUCCAGUCGAGCCGUACGACGCGGUAGAAGUUGAGAAGUACAUCGUCGGGGAAUUCGGCGCGCGAGCGUGCGUGUUCGAGCGCGUAUGCGCGCAUUACGCGGCGAGGGCGCGCGCGCAUCCUCGGCCUCAGAUGGACUGGCCUGAUGUGUUCAGCCAAUACAAGCGGUCGGCAGAUCAAGCCAAGGAGUUUUACCUUCUCAGCGUGUUUCUGGGUGACAUCGUCGGGUCACCGCAGCUCUGCCAUCAGCUCGGAAAGAGAAGAGGAUGCGAUGAAGCUCAGUUACUAAGAUAAAUAAAAGAAAAAUUGAUGGUAAAAGACAAAAUAAAAGUAUAGACAAAUAGAAUCAAGAAAAUAAGAUCAAAUUAACAGUGGCGAAACUUUAAAAAUAAAUCAAAAUAAAUGAAGUUCAACGAGUACUGUUAUUUAGUACACCAAUGUAAUGUGAUUGGUGAAAUCUGUCAAUUGGCGUACUUUUGAGACAAUAAUAACAUU